AGAGGCAUCCCUUGAAUUCGAUACCCGUUUCUGCUGCAGUAGCACGAGCCAUGGCCACCAAGCUCGCCUCUUCGGCUGCCACCAUGAUCGCCCUCCCUCAGUUCAGUGGCCUCAAGGCCCUGCCAUCGUCAAGGCAGGUGACGAUGCCGCCAAAUUUCCAGCGAGGAGGAAACGGUGGCGGAGCGCUUGGAGCUCGCUGCGACGGCUUCAUUGGUUCACCUACGAACUUGAUAAUUGUGACGAGCACGACCCUGAUGUUGUUUGCUGGGAGGUUCGGGCUGGCACCUUCGGCUAACCGAAAGGCCACUGCGGGCCUAAGGUUGGUGGUGCGUGACUCUGGGCUGCAAAGUGGCGACCCUGCUGGGUUCACCUUAGCUGAUACCUUGGCUUGCGGUGUUGUCGGGCACAUCAUCGGCGUUGGAGUUGUCUUAGGGCUCAAGAACUUGGGCGCCAUAUAAGAAGAAAUAGAUGAUGCUUUAUUGUUGCCUCUAUUGUGAUUUCUCUGUUUGUGUAGUAGAUGACUUCUUAUUCUCCUCCAGUGCAAAAUUGAAUCUUCAUCAACAUAAACAGAACUGGAGUAGAAGUGAAAUUUGAUUUUUCAUGAA